AUGUCGGCUCUCAAUGUCCUGCAUCACUCGAAGCGCCAGGCUAUCAAUGCCAACGAUGACGAGAACGUUGGUGCCGCUACCGAGGAGUCGCCAUCACUCUCUGGUCUCGUCUCGACUCUGGUGCCGGCAUUUGUGAUUUUCGUUGCCUGGAUGAUCGCCUUCUUGCUUCUCCGCCGCAUGUUCCCCCGCCGAUACGCUCCACGUACCUACAUCGGUUCCUUGCGCGAGCAGGAGCGAUCGCCUACCCCUCCGAAUACGCUGUUCGGCUGGAUACCGUUCAUGCAGAAGAUCCCUGACGAAUUCGUCCUCAAGCACAACUCUCUCGAUGGAUACUUCCUCCUACGUUAUAUCAAGAUUUCGAUCGUCAUUGUUUUCGUCGGCUGCUUGCUCACAUGGCCCGUUCUGUUUCCUGUCAAUGCCACUGGAGGCGGAGGCCAGCAGCAGCUCAACGUCCUCAAUUUCAGCAACAUUUCCGUCGAAGGCCAAGUGCCGAAGCUUCGCUACCUGGCUCAUGUCGGUAUCACGUGGAUUUAUAUGGCCUUCAUUUUCUUCAUGGUCACCCGCGAAUACAUCUUCUACAUCAGUCUCCGUCAGGCAUAUCUUCUCUCGCCCCUCUAUGCCAAUCGAAUCUCCUCUCGCACCGUCCUGUUCCAGGCUGUGCCUCGUGAAUAUGCCGACGAACACAAGAUCCGCCGUAUGUUCGGUCAGGAGUUGAAGAAUGUCUGGAUCGCGUCUGAAACCAAGGAGCUGGAGGACAUGGUCAAAGAUCGUCAAAAGGCGGCCACGAAGCUGGAGGGUGCCGAAACCAAGCUCGUCAAGCUUGCCACCAAAGCCCGACUGAAGGCUGCAAAGAAGGGAGGCGCUCAGCAAGCCCCUACGGCUCCUGAUGCGCAAGACAUCAGUGGCGAAUCUGGCUCUGUCGCUGCUCGGUGGGUCCGACCCAAGGACCGCCCGACACAUCGGCUGAAGCCUAUCAUUGGCAAGAAAGUCGACACCAUCAACUGGGCUCGUGAAGAGAUCGCUCGCCUCAACCCUCUCAUCGAGAAGGGCCAGAACGUUUAUCGCUCUGGUGAGGCCGACCCAAGGAACGCGGUCUUUAUUGAGUUCCACAACCAAACUCAGGCCCAGGCUGCUUAUCAGAUGGUCACCCACCACCAGGCCCUGCACAUGGCUCCUCGACAGAUUGGAAUGACCCCUGACGAGGUUAUUUGGAGCAACCUGGGCAUGACCUGGAAGACCGCUACGAUCCGAAAUGUCGUUUCCAUUGCGGCUGCUACGGCUUUGAUUAUCUUCUGGUCGUUUCCCGUUGCCGUGGUUGGUGCUAUCUCACAGAUCGACAACUUGAUCAGAAUCGCGCCUUUCCUCAGCUUCAUUAACUCGAUUCCCGAGGUUAUUCUUGGCGUUGUCACGAGCUUGCUGCCAUCGGUCAUGCUUGCCAUCCUCGUUUCGCUCGUCCCUGUAUUCUUCCGCUUGAUGGGCAAGCUGGCGGGCAAGCCGACUACGCCAGCUGUUGAGCUACGAUGCCACGAAUCCUUCUUCUGGUUCCAAGUCGUUCAGGUCUUUCUGAUCACCACCAUGUCAUCUGCCGCCAGCUCCGCUGUUCCCACGCUUCUCAAAAACCCUGGAAGCAUUCCCAAUCUUCUGGCCACCAGUAUUCCCAAGGCAUCAAAUUUUUACGUUUCCUACAUCAUCUUACAAGGCUUGGCUCUAGCGUCAGGUACUUUGGUGCAGCUUUCGGGUCUUGUCCUGUUCUACCUGCUGGGCAGACUCCUAGACAGCACCCCUCGCAAGAUGUACAACCGCUGGUACAAUCUCGCGGGCAUGGGUUGGGGCACUGUCUACCCAUACCAGGAACUUCUGACGGUGAUUGCGAUCACAUACUCGCCUAUUGCACCACUGAUCAUGGGCUUCGCUACAAUCGGCCUGUGUAUCUUCUACAUCGCCUACCGAUACAACCUGCUCUUCGUCCAGACGUCAGACGUUGACACCAAAGGUUUGACCUACGCGAAGGCUUUAAACCACACGCUUGUUGGUUGCUACCUGGCAGUCAUCUGUCUUAUUGGACUUACCGCCAUCCAAUUCGCGGCUCCAGCUUUGGUGUUGUCAAUCAUUCUUCUGGUUGUCAUGAUAUUGUACCACGUCUCGCUCAACAGUGCCAUUCAGCCACUGCUGUACUACCUGCCUCGAUCUCUCGAAGCUGAAGAGGCCGCAUUGCUUGCGAAUCACGAUGGUAUGGCUAUGCAUGACGGCGCCUACGGCCAUAAUGGCCUUGGACACAGCAUCAAUGACGUAGAUGGCAAGGGUCGCGACAGCGAGGCUACCAAUGAGAAGUCCGUCAACGGUGCCACCAAUCCCGGCCACGGCAAAGCGUCCCUCUGGAAGAAAUGGCUGCGCCCGGACAUCCACUGCAACUACGAUGCCAUGCGCAAGCUUGUCCCUCAUGAUUUUGCCGACAUCCACUAUACACCGGAACAGGAGCGUGACGCCUAUCAACACCCAGCUGUCACGGACUCGGUGCCGCUCCUCUGGAUCCCGAGAGAUGAGCUAGGCGUGUCGGCGCAGGAGUGCGUCCAUACCAACAAAGUGACACCCAUGACGGACGAAGGUGCCUACCUGAAUGAGAAGGGCAAGAUCGUGUGGAAUCAUGCGAGCGAUGAACGUCCACCGAUCUAUGAGGAGAAGAUCUACUACUGA